GCGUCGCCACGUAUACGAUCAUGUCGCACGACACGAAUCCCAGACGCGGUGCUGAACGGCGAUACUCCAUACCCAGCAGGCAGCAACCCGGAGGGGGUUGCGACGACGGCUCCGAGUCCGAGAGCGCGGCCGGGAGGGGCGUCGGAGUCGGAGACGGCGGCUGGCGGCGUCGAAGGUCGGCUUUUGAGAGGAAACGGUAAUCGGGUUCUGGAAUCCGGAUCGGACGGCUCUCUCUCUAACGUGCUCGGAAAGAGCUCGCAGUCGAUUAUCGAGCAGAGCAGAGCAGCCCUAUAGAUAGACAGCUCCCCCGCCUCAGCUCAGGUCAGGCCUCAUCAUCAUCCUAAACCCGCGAACUCGCCGCCGCCGCGGAGCCCCUUGCGACUUGCGUUAGCGCGCGCUCGGCUCAAGGAAAGCUUGAAGGAAGAUGUCGUCGAAGGCGAGUUCCGACCCCGUAGAUCUGGAGAAAGGGAUCACCGGGCUGAGGAAGGAGGACGACCCUCGCAAGUCCAUGUGUAUAAAGCUGUCGUUGGAUGCAACGGCCUUGCUCUAUGUGCUGUUUUUUGUCGGCUUCAUGGCCUGGGCGAUUAUGGUUUCAAACACCUGGUGGGAUGUGUUGCUGGUUCUUUGUAUCCUGCUGCCCAUCUUGCUUUUGACGCUCUGGCUGACGACCAAGAUGAAGGAGGUGUGCUUUCAGGGACAUGACACGGAGGAGGCUACACUGGGAAGCGACCACACCGAUCUUAGUACCAAACUACUGCUAGCAUCUUCUAAUAAGAAAUAAGCUAAUGAAGUGAGCGACACCAUUUAGUUAGUUAA